UUAUCUUAUUAUCUUCGAAAAUAAAAUAGAUGGGACUUAAACGUAGGAUACUAAGCUAAGGCGAAUGAUAUGUGCUUAAGCACAUGGUGCAUUAUAACCUGAGUCUCGCUCCUUUGAGACGUAUGAUUUCGAUAUAAAUAUUUUAUUACUUUAUUUACGUGUAUCGAAAAACGUUAUACGUUGAUUUUCUAGUCAUCAAUUAUUGAAUUAUUUACAUGAUAUUGUUAAUUUUAUUCAACAAUUAUGGUGAAUGAUGAUUUAAUUUUGUUGGAUGAAAUUCAACAAACGAUACAAAACUGCACCAAAGAUCCACAAGCUUUCUUAAGUGUUCAAGAAAAUUUGUACGAAGAUCUCAAAAAUGCUACCAAGCAGUUAUAUGAUUUAUCUUUUAAAAUUAAAUCAUUAAGUUAUCCAAAUUCCAAAGCGUUGCCAGAACUUAUUGUCAAAGAUUUAGAUACGGAACAGAUUUGGCAGCAAAUUGAAUUUGCAAAUAAUGAACUACUAAGUCCUUCGAGAUUAGCAGAAAUUUCUAAAAUUUUAAAUAGUAAAGAGUCGUUAAAAAUACCAUUAGAAUUUGAAAAGGCGCUAAAUAAGAAUAACUCAUCCAACGAUGAAAGCGAAGAACAAAAUGAAAUUUUAACGGACAAAAAUGGAGAGUCAACGGAUGAUAAUGAGGAAGAGAAAGCUUCUAGUAAUACGAAAAAAAAAAGGAAAACGACUGAAGUAGAUGACAAAUUUUUUAAAUUAGACGACUUAAACGAAUACUUGAAAAAGGAAGAUAAAAAAGAAAUGACUAUCACUCGUAAUAAGAAUACUAGUUCCGAUGAUGAGGAAUCGAUCGAUUUAUUUAAUCAUUUUUCUGAUGUGGCUGACGAAGAAGAUGAAGAUGUAAUAGAAACUAAACGACGAAUUAAAUAUGCCGAUUUCUUUGACAAACCUGAAAGCGAUAAUGAAAGCCAAGGGGGACGAAAUGAAAACGAUAGUGAGAAGGAUUAUAAUAGCGCAAGCGACGAUACCGAUGAUAUCGAUUACAAAACUAAAAUUGAACAGAUGAAAUAUGAACGAGAUAAAAAAAAAGUUAAAUUCGAUCUUUCAAAUGAAACGGACGAAACGGAUUCGGAUGAGAGGGCUACAAUGAAAACGGAUGAAAAUAAAAAUACUGACGAAAGUAUUAAAUCCUCUUUAGAAACAAGACAAGAAAGGUUAAAAAAGAGAAUUAAAGAGUUGGAAGAAAAAGCUGUUGCAGAAAAACCUUGGCAAUUAAAGGGUGAAAUUAAUGCUUUAACUAGACCCCAAAAUUCUCUUUUACAAGAAUACGUUGAGUUUGAUUCUGCAUCAAGACCUGCGCCUAUUAUAACAGAACAAACUACUAUGAAAUUAGAAGAUAUCAUUAGAGGAAGGGUUAAAGACAAAGCGUGGGAUGACGUUGAAAAGAAAUUUAAGCCCGUUGAUACGCCAAUGGAAUACAAAAAGAAAUUAAUAAUGAAUCAAGAAAAGAGUAAAGAAAGUUUGGCACAAAUUUAUGAGAACGAAUAUAUAAAACAGAGAGAAGGUUUAAAUUCGAAUGACAAAGAGGAGCAAGAGGAGAAAGAACCUCAGGAACACAUUGAGAUAAAAGAAAGAAUACACGAUAUAUUUACAAAACUCGAUGCUCUAUCCAAUUUCCAUUACACUCCUAAAUUAGCAAAACCGGAAAUUAAAAUAAUUAGUAAUUUGCCAGCCAUCAAUAUGGAAGAAGUUGCUCCUGUAGCGAUCAGCGAUGCAACACUACUUGCACCUGAAGAAAUUCAUACUAAGCAAAAGGGUGAUCCGAUUGGUAAAUCAGAAAGAAGUCGAACAGACAUGAAAAGGGAAAGGCGUAAGAAGAAACUUAAGCAACGCGCGCGGGCUAUGAACGAAAGUAAAAAAGUGGCGGAAAAUCAUAGGCUAAACAAAUCAACGAAGAAACUAGCAAUUUUAGGAAAAUUAAAAGGACGUAAUAUUAUAGAUAUGAGCAAUGAAACUAAUCAAAUAUUGGACAAAUCUAUUAAAUCGUCGACAACGUUCUUUGCUCAUUUACAAGAUCAAGCUCAGAGCGCUAUUAAACAAAAAGUAAAUGAAAAUGUCAAGAAAAAGAAUAAGAACACUUUAUCUGCUGUUAGAUUAAAAUUAUGA